UCGAAUCUUGAACCCAAACGCACCGGAACGAAACGAAACGGAACGCGCGAAGUGUGCCCGAUCGCGAACAAUGUUUCAGAAAAGGAUUAUCGAGCUAUUUACGCUACUGUUCUAUUGGAUGGUUAUAACACCGGCCAUAUAUCAAUACUGCAAGACACAAGAGUGGAUACUUUGGGACUUGAAUAAGCCAUUUCAAUCGUUCUCGGAUCAUGCAACGUUCGCACUCUGCCUGCUCGCUGGCUAUGUGACCUUCUAUCGCAUCGUCAUCUUCAUCUACAUGAAGCUAAAGGUGUGCGAUAUCCAGAUGUGGCACACGCUGAAGAAGACCAAGGAGGAUCCCGAGUCGCAGCUCAAAUCGGAGGAUAAAUCCCAUUAUCAAGCGGUAUCCACAGAGAACUUGGACACCGUCGAUGCGGCAACGGCGGAAAUGCCAAAAGUUAUACGCACCAUUAGCCAUCCGCUGCUGGUCGAGAGCGAUCUGGCGCGAAUACACAUCAAGCACGAGACGCGUCCGCUGCACAGCGCCACAUUGCCCAGAGGGCAGCAGCAGCAGCAGAAGAAGCAUCAUCUCAUCUCUAGUCCCACGCCCAGUCUACGCAGUGCUCCACCCGUGCCCUCAACGCCGCCGCGAACUCCUGGCAUGGCUCGCAGGCUGAACCAUGGCGUCGUCAUGUCACCCGACGUCCUAAUGGGCACCUCACAGCAUCAGCUCUGCUCAGCUCAGCUCAGCUCAGCUUAGUUCUAUUUAAAUCGAGUAUUAGCCUUAGCUGCACACCAAAGAACGAAACCAAUUUAUUCGCAAUAUUUGCAGACGAUAAUUAUUCACAAUUUUAGCUAAUUUCUACACUCAGAAAAAAAGAAACGAAUCGCCCUAUACUUUUUGAUUAAUAAGCUGAGUUAGCCUUGGCGCCAAAAAGUAUAGUGAAUUUCGCAAAUUCGGGUAUGAUUUUUUUUUUUGAGUGUAGCUCUGGUGGCUCUUCUUGUAACAGGAAUAGACCAUCUUAAGAGUAUCUUCAGUUUUAAGUAGCGAAUAGAAGUAGUUAGAUAUCUAUUUAUUAGCUUUUUUGUAAGCCAGAUGUUAUUAAUUGUUUAUCUACUAAAUAUUAUGACGACGAUAUAAUUAUAUAUAUAUAUAUUAUAUUAUUU